UGACUCCUGGACUAGAACUUUUUGUCCACCUCUUCCCCCAGGCUUUUACCGCUUGAUCUCUGCUCCGGCCUCGGGAAUCUGGAUAUUCUUCACCCCUUCCCCAAGCCCCUCCAGGAAGCCUUCCCUGACAGCCCAUUUCCCAUCGCCCGGGACCGCUGUCUCCCACCGCGCCCUGUGUCCGCCUGCAUCAGCUCGUCUGGGGGACUACGUUCUCCUCCUAACUCUGGACGGUUCCGGCUUGGACCGCAAGCAUGGGCCUCGGCGGGGUGGGCGGUGUGGAGGGCGGAAGCGCGGCCUCGGGGGGAGGGGCGGGCGGGCAGAGAAAGGUGGCCGGCGGUCAGCCCCGCCCCUACCUGUGCAAGCCAUCCGCCCGCGCCUAGCGGAUAAAAGCGGCGGAGUCUCCCGGGGUCAGCGAGAUCGGUCCCUCUCGCCCGCCGCCAGGUGCAGCUGAUCCGGCCAGCAUGUCCGUCCACUUCAGCUCCCAAGUCUUCAGCUCGCGCUCCGCCGCCUUCCCGGGGCGCGGCGCUCAGAUGCGCCCGAGCUCCGUGCGCCCAGGCGCCUUCGGCAGCAGCAGCCUCUAUGGCCUGGGCACCUCGCGGCCGCGCGUGGCCGUGCGCUCCGCCUACCCGGGCCCAGCGGGCGCCGGCAUCCGCGAGGUCACCAUCAAUCAGAACCUGCUGGCCCCGCUGCACGUGGACAUCGACCCCUCCAUCCAGCAGGUGCGCCAGGAGGAGCGUGAGCAGAUCAAGACCCUCAACGACAAGUUCGCCUCCUUCAUCGACAAGGUGCGGUUCCUGGAGCAGCAGAACAAGCUGCUGGAGACCAAGUGGGCGCUGCUGCAGGAGCAGAAGUCGGCUAAGAGCAGCUGUGUCCCGGGCAUCUUUGAGGCCCAGAUUGCUGGCCUGCGGAAGCAGCUUGAGGGGCUUCAGAUGGACGGGAGCCGCCUGGAGGUGGAGCUGCGGGGUGUGCAGGACCUGGUGGAAGACUUCAAGAAUAAGUAUGAAGAUGAAAUUAACCGUCGCACGGCUGCUGAGAAUGAGUUCGUGGUGCUGAAAAAGGACGUGGACGCCGCCUACAUGAACAAGGUGGAGCUGGAGGCCAAGGUGGACGCCCUGAAUGACGAGAUCAACUUCUUCAAGACCCUCAGUGAGAUGGAGUUGACAGAGCUGCAGUCCCAGAUCUCGGAUACGUCCGUGGUGCUGUCCAUGGACAACAACCGCUCCCUGGACCUGGACGGCAUCAUCGCCGAGGUGCGCGCCCAGUACGAGGACAUCGCCAACCGCAGCCGGGCCGAGGCUGAGGCCUGGUACCAGACCAAGUUUGAGACCCUCCAGGCCCAGGCUGGGAAGCACGGGGACGACCUCCGGAACACCCGGAACGAGAUCGCCGAGAUGAGCCGGGCCGUCCAGAGGCUGCAGGCAGAGAUCGACAACACCAAGAACCAGCGUGCCAAGCUGGAGGCUGCCAUUGCCGAGGCUGAGGAGCGUGGAGAGCUGGCCCUCAAGGAUGCACACGCCAAGCAGGAGGAGCUGGAGGCCGCCCUGCAGCGUGCCAAGCAGGACAUGGCUGGGCAGCUCCGGAAGUACCAGGAGCUCCUGAACGUCAAGCUGGCCCUGGACGUCGAGAUCGCCACCUACCGCAAGCUGCUGGAGGGCGAGGAGAGCCGGGAGCUUGCAGAGGGGUUGAGAUGUGCAGAUCUGCAGAGGAGGCACUGGAGAUCAGUCACCUGCCUUCGGGAAAUGCUGAGCUUACGGAGGGAGUCCUCGAAGGAAGCGGGGAACGAGCGAGUGCUGGAAGCAGAGUGCCUGGACACUGGGGGCAAGGAGGGAAGAAGCGCGGCAGCAGGAUCUGAGAGGGGGAAGGAGGAGGAAGGGUCUCUGCCCCUGCAGUUGACCUGUCCCCUGCCUGGGUGGCACCCAGUCUUUGUGGGAAAAGGAAUUGAACAUCAGAGGCCUCUGGGAAGAGAGAGCAGCUGAGCUGGGGCACGGGGCCACCCCAGAACCCAACUGUCGCAGCCAGUUGGAGGAGGGCUUUUCCCUCCACCACAGGUGCAUGGGGCCCACUUUCUUGGAAAUGCGUGCCCUCUCUUCCUCAUAGAAUCAGAGCCGAGGGACCCUUAGAGUGGGGCCUGAUCCACUUCCUCCCAUGGGCAGAUGAGGGGGCUGAAGGUCAGGGAUGCCAAGUGGCGUGCCCACGGUCACACCACAAUCGAGACAUUCCCUCUGAAAGUCUAAUCUCGGUCCAGGUUGCUGUCGUUGGGGCUCAGAUCCUGGUUCUCUGAGAGGAGACCAUCCUAUCCACCCCUCCGGGGGACACGGGGAGGGACACCUUGUUUAUAUCCCUUAACCCCUCAGCCUGUUCCAGGGGCAGGUCUAGGAUCUGUGGUCUUAGAAACUCACGCAACUGGGGGACCUUCUCUUAAGGAUGCAAAGUUACGAAUAGGAAAUUAGGCACAAAGCAAAUAUUUAUUUAGGAUGAGAAAAGAAAAAUCACACAAAUCACUAGGGCCUUAGACAUGUCAGAUCUCUUCCUGCUGAGUUCUUUAGUCAUUGUCACAGAAAUUCUCAUAUGGAAUUGCUGCCUGAUUGCAACCUGACUUCCCUUCCCCACCCACAACUGCCAGUACCUCCCAGCACUUGCCGGGGUCAUUUGAACAAGGGGCAGCCAAGCUUCCUAGCAUACUCAUCUCCUGCCCUUGGCCUUUGCUCCGCCCCUGUCCUGGACUUGGGGCUGCUGAGGCCAGCUGGGCUCCCCUCCCUCCCUCCACCAAAGUGAGGUCUCCCCUCCCCCCUGCAGAGUAAACUCUUCCCCAAGGCCAUGGGCUCAGUGACAAUGGGUCUGUGAGUCACAAAACAAAUACACCCAGCUGUCUCAGAUGGAUUUUUAAUUUCUGGUGCAAGACCUGUUUCAGCCCCACAGGCAGCUUAAAGCCACCCGCUUCCUCCCCCUCCCUCCUCAGUCCCGGAGCUGCAUUCACUCAGUCAACAAUGCAUUAAUUAUUUCAACGCACAUUAAGUAAUUACUACCUGCCAGACCUCAUGCUAGGGGCUGGGGAUACAGGAACCCAUAAGCUACAGCCCACUUUGAGGAUUUUAUGAUCUGGUUUAGGGAGGCAGCCAUCUACAGAAAUAAUAAGAGUGGCUACCGUUUUCCGAAUCCUGUGUGCCCAGGGCUUCAGGCAAAUCAUGUUAUUGAACCCUCACAAACGCCCCUGUGAGGUUGGUGCUCAGUUAGUCCCGUUUGUAGGGGAGGAAAUGGAGGCCCUGGGACGUUGCCCAAGGUCAUGUAACCUGUAGGUGGGAGGGCCUAAGUGCCGCCCCCUCCAGAAGUGUGGGGAUGGAGGGAGGAACACCAAUCCUGCUUGGCACC